UGGCCGGCCUGAGGCGUGGCCGGGAAGGACGAUUCCCCGCUAUUGCCUCAAAUCUGCUGUUCAAGGCCCUUGGUUGCCUGAAGAGGGGACUGUCCCUGCGGGCUCCCUGCAGUUACACCCCAGAGGUCACCUUACUGUCCUUUGCAGGCCACCCGCAGCACCCUGACCUCUUGCCCCGCGGUCACAGCACCCCCUGCCGGUGGCCCGCCGCCCGCGCAGACACUCCCCCGGGCCUGGCCGUCGCCGGCGCCUGUCUGUCGCGCCAUGAAGCUGAGCAGCCUCUCCCUGCUCUCCGUGGCCGCCCUCCUUUGGCUCCGCGUGGCGCAGGCCAACAUGAAGGAAGUUCAGCAGAAAUCUGGGUACUGCCCCGAGUUCUUUCUCUCCUGCUCUUUCACGCUGCUUCCCCGGUGCCGGCGGGACGGAGGCUGCAACGGACCCAAGAAGUGCUGCUUCUACCAGUGCCAGCAGCAGUGCAUGCAGCCCUGGCCCACGCUGGACUGAGAGCUCUCCAGGGGAGGACCUAGCAGGAUUCAGGCCACUGUGGACCUCCAUGGAAAGCCACAUCCCCAGGACGGCGUGCAUCGCCCCAUGUUCCUCCUUCUUCUCUCCCUAGGUGGAACCCCGUCUAACCAAUCCUGAGAAGACAGUGGCCUACAGCCUCUGACUUGGAUAACUAGUCUCCAAUUCUUCUGUGCUUCUUCCAGGCCCUUCCUGUUAUCAAAAGUUAAAUGCUUAUUAAUAUCAAAACAAGACAAAGAAAUAAAAGCCACGUCUUUAGUCCA